AAUCGCAGCAAAACACUUUUCGUCAAUCAUACAGUGUGUGAUGGAUCAUGAAGGUGUGUUGUCAAUCAUAAGAGGAGGAGAGGAAUCGUUGGACUCGUAUUCUUCAAUAACAGAUUUCAAGCAGAAUUUGGACGAAGAAGCUUUGGCACAUGAGAAAUUGGAAAGUGGAUGGGUUUUGUAUGAGGAAAUAUUAGACCAACACAAAAUCAUAGCUCUGCUCAAACACUUUGCAUCGCAAAGUUGGAUGCACUUCCACACUCUGAUACAAUGUUGGGGAGUCGUGAAAGUGGAGGGGAGCCAUCACUACCUCUCUUCCUCACACCACCCUUUUUUUGUUAACAGUCUCAGCAAGGGGUCUUGUUCGUACAGGAAGUUAUGUAGCAAUCAUGAGUAUGUUGUUGAUGUCGGAGAUGACAGGCAGCAGCUUGGAGGCGUGGGACGGGUGUACCAGAACAAGCUACCUGAAUCCACUCCUGAUCUGAGACUCUACUCCACCAAUGAGUUUCCAAUGCGGGAUGAAGCUGCUCGCUGCGGUUUCAAAGCUUACAUGGCACUGCCUGUAUUUGAUUCGCAUACCUAUCAAUACUAUGGUGUGUUAGAGCUCUUUCAAGGAUAUUCUUCUUAUCAUGUCAGGGAUCGUUUACUAUCUCUGCUGGAUGGAGCACUACAGAUGGCAGGGUUGAGGUCCAGUCACGAUUCCAUUGCUAUUACCGACCUGACAAAAGAAAUGGAACAACUUGAAAGUGAAAUAACAGAGGUACUUGAAUUGGCUGUGGCGACAAUCCCGCGACUAUAUCUGGCACAGGUUUGGAUCCCUUAUAACAAGAAUUGUUUUCAUAUCACCACCAACUCAUCUUGUAUGGAGAUGAUAUCUUUCAUAGAUUUACAAAGUAAGAUGUUCAAUUCGUGGGUUUGUAUUGAUAAUAAUUUGCAUGACUAUCUUCAAGCUUGUGAAUUUCACAAGCUUCAAAUAGAUCUUCACAGCUGCAAUUCAAAUUUAUAUGAUCUCACUGUAUAUGAGAGUCCACUAGCCCACUAUGCCCAGAGAGCUAGGAUGUCCCAUUGCAUUGCAGUGUCUCAUCAAAGCAAUAGCAACCACUUGUAUGUCAUCCAAUUUUUUCUUCGACCAAAGUAUAUAAAAGAUGAUUAUUCUGUACACUUGCUCUUAAGGCUACUGGAGAUCAACCUCAAGAGUGUAACGUUUGUAUCUGGGAAACAACUUGUAGAGGAAUAUCUAAGGCGUGAUGCAAUAGAAUGUGAGUCAAAUGAUAAUCUCAAUUUGCUGAAGUCUUACAAGCAAAACUUAUUGGAGUUGAAUGUGACAACAUACUUGAGGAUAGUUGACUCGUGUUGCCUAAAACCUCCCUGCGCCAGAAUGGAAAAAGGAUGGGUUUUCUGCUUGCCAGCUAAACAAAGCAUAUGCACAAACCAUGUUAAAAGUAACUCGGUGUUGAUCAAGGAGAAGAUAGAAGGUUUCAUGAAGGAAAUAACAUUCAUAUCCUGGAAAUACAAUAAAUGGAUUGUUCAAUUUUGGGCGCCCAAAAUGGUGAAGAGUAGGUGCUAUCUAGAAACUUCAGAUCAACCUUAUGCCGUUGGUUGUCUUGCAAAAAGUAUAGCUUCAUUUAGAAAACAAUGUAUGGCACAUUACUAUUUUGUCGACAACCAAGCCAAACAAGACGAACAUGGACCCCCUGGACGAGUAUUCAGAUUUGAACACCCUGAAAUUAGCCCUGACCUCAUCUAUUACACUAGAGAAGAAUUUUCAAUAAGAAACUUUGCAAUGCUUUGUUGUAAUCGUGGAUACAUGGCUUUGCCCGUAUUUGAUGAAGACGGCAUAGGAGAUCACAAGCUUGUGGGUGUGCUAGAGUUCCUAGGAUUCUAUUAUUCCGACCUUCCAAUCAUCAGAAAACUUAUGGAGGCAACAAAACUGAGCUCGAGUCACAUAGACUUCCACCCGAGAUUCUUAGCAACUGAACCUGCCAAUAUUGUAAGUUGCAGGGAAAGCACUUUGAGAGAAAUCCGCAAUGUCCUUAGCAUAAUCAAUAAGAACCUUCCCCAAGUCCAUACAAUGAAUGUCUGGGUCCCCAAUGAAGAGUGUGUUAGUAGUACUAAUAUUAAUAGGAGCUGCAUGGAGUUGGCAUUGUCUACAAAGUAUUACUUGGACUUUAUGCCUACACAUUCAGUUCACUGCAUUCAUGUCCAAGACAGAAAAGGGAUUAUUGGGAUGGUAUUGGCAUCCGAAAACAAAUCAUGUUUUUGUCAAAAUUUAAGUGAAUUUAGCAUAAUCGACCAGCCCUUGUCACACUAUGACAUGAGUGAUCGACUUGAUGCUUGUUUUGCUCUUUGUUUGCAAAGUUCACACACUGGUAACCUUGUUUAUGUCGUGGAGUUCUUUCUCUAUCAAGGUCCUACAACAUAUAAACAUGUUGGGUCCUUCUUGAGCCUUCUAUUGCCAAUAAUAAAGCAUGAAUUAAAAUCAUUCAAGAUGGCAUGUGGGAAGCAACUAGGAGAGGAAUUGGUGGUUGAAGUUAUUGAGUUUUCUGAUGCAUACAAACUUGAUUCCUGUGAAUUAGAGCCUGCUUAUUUGUAUCCAGUCAUACUUAAAAGUGUGUAGUACAAUCAAAAGGAGUAUUAUCACACCAAAGAAGGAGAAUACACAAAAGAAUGCUCAUCAGAACAAUACAGAGAAGAAUGCACUGCUGCUGCCUCAGAUUCAAAUAUAAAAGAUAGAGAGAAGAGAAAAAACUCUUCAAUCUUAGUGUUGAGGUUCUCGAAUCACAUUUUGGGAAGAAGCUAAAAGAUGUUGCAAAAGAGCUUGGUGUUGGAAGAUCAACAAUAAAGCGUGCAUGCAGGGAACAUGGCAUUCGAAGGUGGCCAAACAGGAAUGAACACAAAAAAAAUCUAUCCCUUUUUGAAGAAGAAAGUGUUGUAGAUUCAGAGCAAGACAUGUUGCCAUCAACCGCCAACGUUCAUCCAUUGGAGAACGUGGCACAAAUAAACAAAAGUAGCUCAGAAAAGGUGAUUGUAAAGGUGAAGUAUAACGAGGAUUUAAUAAAAUUUGAGUUGUCUCUAUCAUUAGUAGGAUUGGCAAAGCUUAUUGAAGAAGUGACGACGAGUCUAAAUCUGGAGAUGGGUAGUUUCAAGUUGAAAUACAUGGAUGAAGAUGGUGAUGAGAUCUUAUUAACUAGAGAUGUUGAUUUGCAAUUUUGUCCAAAGACUCGGACAACGACAGGUGAGGCACUCAUCCAACUGUUGGUUCGAUGAAAAAACCAGCUCCAUUUUUCUCGUUCAUUUCAUUUUUAAACCAACGCCUUUGCAAUUUCUUAAGUUUCUUGACUGAGUUGGCUUACAUAUUCUGCUCUGUCAAGACAUUGUUUGAAUCUCUCUCUUUAUGUUUUGGUGUGGAAGCCUUCUUUCUUGUGUUAUAUAUAGCAAAAGACUUGCAAAAUUCCA